CUCUCUCUCCUCUUCUUCUUCUUCUUCCUCCUCUUUUAUUCAGAAGCCCUCCUCUUCUGCAACUGGCAAACUUUUGCCUCCUUUUUUCUGCAUCCCUCUCUCGCUUUCCCACCUGCGAGCUCGCCAUGGCUUCUAAGCUGAACCCUAACAUCCUGUAUGUGGCGGAGCACGGCGAGUCGCUGGGGUCUCCCCCAGGGGACUCUGAGAGGACUCACACUGUUGGAGAAGCUGGAGAAGAGUCAUCGGACAGCGACGGGGAACAAGAAGAGACGUCACACAAGUUGAUCCGCAAAGUGUCGACCUCGGGACAGAUCAGGGCCAAGAAAAGUGUGAAGGAGGGAAUCCUGUUAAAGCAGACCAGUUCUUUCCAGAGAUGGAAGAGGAGGUACUUUAAACUCAGAGGGAGGACCCUCUACUAUGCCAAAGACUGCAAGUCUCUGAUUUUUGAUGAAGUGGACCUAUCAGACGCCAGUGUGGCCGAGACCAGCACGAAGAACAUCAACAACAGCUUCACGGUGAUCACUCCAUUUCGCAAACUAAUGUUAUGUGCCGAGAGCAGGAAGGAAAUGGAGGACUGGAUCAGCGCUCUCAAAUCCGUCCAAAAAUGGGAAACCUAUGAGGCCAGCCAAUUCAACAUGGAGCAUUUCUCCGGGAUGCACAACUGGUACGCCUGCUCGCACGCCAGGCCGACCUUCUGCAACGUCUGCAGAGAGGCUCUGCCAGGCGUCACCUCCCACGGCCUGUCCUGUGAAGGUCCACAACAGCUGUAAAGAACAAAUGGGGAAGGUGUGUCCCUUGGGUCAAUGUCGAGUGUCAAUCAUCCCUCCCACUGCACUUAACAGCAUCGACUCAGAUGGCUUCUGGAAAGCCACCUCAGCGUCGUGCACCAGCCCCCUCCUGGUCCUGGUCAACUCCAAAAGUGGAGACAAUCAGGGGGUGAAGUUCCUCCGCAAGUUCAAGCAACUUCUCAACCCGGCUCAAGUCUUUGACCUGAUGAACGGGGGACCAGAGCUCGGCCUGCGCCUUUUCCAGAAGUUUGUGACUUUUCGUAUACUGGUGUGCGGAGGAGACGGCAGCGUGGGCUGGGUGCUCUCAGAGCUGGAUAAACUCAACCUCCAUAAACAGUGCCAGCUUGGCGUGCUGCCUCUCGGCACAGGGAACGACCUGGCUCGUGUUCUGGGCUGGGGUGGCCUCUGUGACGAUGACGCUCAGCUGCUGCAGAUCCUGGAGAAGCUGGAGAGAGCCACGACCAAAAUGCUGGACCGAUGGAGUGUAAUGACGUACGAGAUUCCCACCACCACUAAACGCACACCGAUUGUGAAAGAAGACGACAGCCUUGAUUCUCCUCUGCAGGUCCACAUCACUCAGUAUGCAGACUCCGUGGCCUCCCACCUCGCCAAGAUCCUGGACUCGGACAAACACAGUGACGUCAUUUCUUCUGCCAAGUUUCUGUGUGGGACGGUGAAUGAUUUUGUGGCGGAGGUGGGGAAGGCGUACGAGAGAGCCACAGAGAACAAGGAGGAGGCAGAUGCCAUGGCAAAGAAGUGUGCACUGCUGAACGAGAAGCUCGAUUCCCUUGUAAAGGCCUUAAGUGAGGAAGCGGAGGCCCAGGUGGUGCCAGCAGGUUCGGUACCCAGCCAGGAGAGUGGCAGCUCGAGCCCUGGAGAAAGUGGCGGAGAGUCAGGUUCAGAGGGUAAAACGUACCGUUCCAAGGAGCAGCUGAUGCUGCGAGCCAACAGCCUGAAGAAAGCACUCAGACAGAUCAUCGAACAGGCUGAGAAAGUGGUGGACGAGCAGAACCGACACACGCAGGUCCAGAGGAUGUCGUCCUCGUCCUCCAUCAAAAGAGAAAACAGCGAGGAGCUGAAGGAUGCUGAGCCACGUCAAGGAAGCUUAAGUCCAACCUCACCCAUUGUCCUUGAGAAACCAGAGAGCCUCAACACAGUCACCUUCAGCGAGGACACCGUUCAGUGCUCAGAGAAGUGUGUGAUGAACAACUACUUUGGCAUUGGCCUGGAUGCCAAGAUUUCCCUUGAGUUCAACAACAAGAGAGAUGAGCACCCUAAAAAAUGCAGCAGUCGCACCAAGAACAUGAUGUGGUACGGAGUGCUAGGGACUAAAGAGCUGGUCCAGAAGACGUACAAGAACCUGGAGCAGCGAGUUCAGCUAGAGUGUGACGGUGUCCCCAUGUCUCUGCCGAGUCUGCAGGGCUUGGCUGUGCUCAACAUCCCCAGCUAUGCAGGAGGAAUCAACUUCUGGGGAGGAACCAAGGAGGAUAAUAACUUUGGCGCUCCGUCAUUUGACGAUAAGAAGUUGGAGGUGGUGGCGGUGUUUGGCAGCAUGCAGAUGGCCAUGUCCAGAGUCAUCAACCUGCAGCACCACCGCAUUGCACAGUGCCGCCAGGUGAAGAUCACCAUCCUCGGGGAGGAGGGGGUCCCUGUGCAGGUGGACGGAGAGGCCUGGAUCCAGCCGCCUGGCAUCGUCAAGAUCAACCACAAGAACCGAGCACAGAUGCUCACCAGAGACAGAGCAUUCGAGAGCACGCUUAAGUCAUGGGAGGAUAAGAGGAAGAUCGACAGCUACCGCGACAGCAGGCCCCGCCUUAACUCCCAGCAGUCCAUGGAGUACCUGACUGAGGAGGAGUGCGCUCAGGUUCAGCAGCUGGGCAUCGUGGCCGACACCCUCAUCAAUAAGAUCCGUGAGGCAGCCAAGACCCACAAGCUGGUGGAGCAAGAGUUGGCUCACGCCGUCAACGCCACCGCCCUGGUGCUCACAGAGGCCAAACUGUCCAGCCCUGAGUGUCUAAGUCGCAGCACGGCGGUGGAAAUCGUCAACAGCAGUAAAGUUCUCCAGGCUGAGACCAAGAUGCUGCUGGAUGGAAAACUACUGUCGGAUUCUCCCGAGGAAGAAGAGCUUCGGUCGACUCUGAACAGCCUCAGUGCCGAGCUCCACAAGCUGGACGACAUCCACUGGAUCUGUCCGCUCAUGCAGUGUUCAGAGGAGGACUCGGUGAGGAGCAGCAGUAAGAGCAGCAGCAGUAUGAAGCUGAAGAUCAUACCCAAGGUGAAGAAGGAGAGAGAGAAGCUCCACAAGCAGAAGUCCAACAGCUCUCUCUCAGGAAAUUGGGAUAUCAAAAGUGGGGCCGGUGAGGCAGAUUCUUCGGGGAACUGAAGUUUUGCAGGAGGUGCUUUCCCCAUAACAACCAGGGGUGAGGAGCACCCCUCCUGUUCUUCUCCCCUCCUAAUCGCGAUACCCAGUGGCCUGACAGAGGUGUGAGGAAGAAAAGGAAAACCAUCUUCCCAACAUUUAUGCCAUUUCCUCCCUGUCUAACUUCUUUAUCCUCCAUUUCGCAGGGAGAAGUUUUUAUUUCUUGUUUUUUUAUUAUUUAUCGUUUUAACGUAAGGGGCCUGGCUUUGCAUCGCAUUGCUUCACCACUGGCAUUCUGCUUUUGGUUCUGUUUACCUGCUUGAGUUAGGAAGUUGCCUUGGCCAGCAGCGAAUCAAACAGAGGACAAAGGGAGGCGUGGAAUCAAAAUGUUCUCGCAAACUUUUUUUGUUGUUUUUGUUUUGGACAAAGAAUUGUGUUUACGUGGUGCUCUCCUUGCAUGUCGAGUGCCGCCAUCUUAUUUUAUAUCUAUCUUAAGUUGUUAGUCUUUUAAUUAUUUUCUCUCUAACUUAAGUCGUUUUAUUUCUGAACUUACGAAUAGCCUUUAGACUUUUGAUUUUUCUCAAGACUUUCGAAGAGUAUUUAUUUGUUGUUGCUACUGCCAUGAGAACUUCAAACGGCAACAAAUCAACAAAAUGAACAACCUGAAACAUCUCAACCUUAUCGUCUACUGAACUGGGGGGAUAUCUUAAAUGUUGCAAAAAAUGUACUGAGGAAUGUACUCGUGUGGACUUGUAUUAACCUGUGAAUAAUGAUAAUGUUAAAUGAUAAAUUAUAUAAGAUUUCACAAAGGUUCUACUGUUGUGGUUCUAAAGUGGUUCUUAAUAGGCUGUUGUCUGACUUGUGUGAUCCGAGGCUAUGCAGCCACGCUGCAAAAAUAAUGUUCUUUUAUGAUGAGUCAUUUCAUCUGGAAUUCAGCCUUUUCUGAAAAGAUCCAACUGUGGGAUUUGAAGCACGGUACAUUGCUCAGUUAUUAUCAAGGUCUAAAAUGUGACUUAUGUGGGAGUAAAAAAAAAAAUAAUUCAUCCCACGGCACUUUUUUUUUGUUUUGUUUUUAUUCCACUUUUGAAUUUUGAGAUACAGUACCAGAUGAAAUGACUCAAUAAGUUUUUUUGGCAGUGUAUGGUGAAGGUGUUUACAGAAGGAGGAAGCAUCAAGGACACCUUAACAAAACAUUACAGCUACUCAGUAUAUUGCUCCUACUUUGCCAUACUCCUGAUUGUAUAUGUAAUAUAAGAAUAAGAGUUGAUAUUUGAGUUUGCCUUGUUCGUGGAUAAAAGCUGUUAUUAUCAUCGUUAUGAUUAUUAUUAUUAUUAUUAUUAUUACAAAUAUAUAUCUAUUUUUUUGUAUAUCUUAUUUUCCCAAUGGUAAUCUGUGAAGCUGUCCUGGCUUUGCUGCUUCCCCCUUUGACAAACUCCUUGGCCACUGUGCAUAUAAUCAAAGCCAAUUAAUGCUGUUCUGUGUGUCCCUGCAUGCAUACUUAGCCUUCCCUCGCCUCACAGUGAGGGCUGAAGUUGCCUCAAAAUAGUGAUUUCUAGCUUGUUUGUUCCAAUCAGCAGCAUUUGCAAAUACUUUUUUUUUGUUUUAACCUGCUUGCUGAACCAGAUGGUCUGGGUUUUACCGUGAGAGAACACUUAUUCUGCCAAAAAAAACACACUUAAAUGUCAAAUACUUUACUGUGUUGUCCAAACUUAAAGAGAGUGUAUUGAUUUACACCCUGUCUAUCCACAGGGUUUUCCAAGCAGGUUAGAACAAACCACAACAUUUCAUGAUCAUUAUUUGACCGAGCUACGGCCAAAGCGAGUACAUGAAAUGAUCUUGGAUGCGCGUGCUGCUGUUCGGAAAUGGCUUAAAUAUCGAUGUUCACGGGUUCUAGAGGCAACUUCUACCCAGGUUUUACAGUAAUGUUCUUGGAAAGAAUGGUCAGACAUUUUGGGAAAUUCACAUUUUUGCUGUGUUACUGCAACAUAGGCCAGAAGAUUAAUAUCUUUUUCACCUAUGUCCACUCAGUAAAGGCACAGAAAGAGCUCUGAGGCAUGCUUAGCUUAGCAAAGCAAAAAAAAAAAACUGGAACCAUCGAAAGUAAAAUACGCCUUCAAGCAACUCCCAAAACGUUAUUUACAUGUAUCUUAUAAGCUUGCAAACUAGUUACCAAGAAGUCCUAGAGUUUUUUUUUUGUCACGAAAAAGUUUGAAGCUAGCAAUUUGUCUAUAAUGAGGCUACAAUCCAGUUAAAAAAAGCUCCAAUGUGUAAGCCAAUUACUUAUUAAACAGCAUAUUCUUUUACUAAAAGUGUUAAAUAUACAGAUACAGUAGAUAGCUUUGUACUUGUUAGAGGUUUGAUUUAACUAAGCUAGCUGUUUCCUUUGCUUUGGCCUAAACUAGGAUAAACCGGCAUGAAGCUAACUCCGUACUGAAUGGACAGAGUUCCUCUCAUCUAACGCUAAAACAGCAAAAAUGUGAAUUUCUUAAAAUGUCAGAGUAUUACUUUAAAAGUUUAAAUGGCCAGGAUGUAAUCGAGAAGUAAUGUUCACUAGUCGAGAUUAAAUCUGAGUCAAAUAUUAGCUAGAAAUGUCCGUAAGCUCUGCAGAGUCCCAUAGGUGGAGUUAACUAACAUCAUGUAAAGGCAUUAUGAAAAACCACAAAAAAGUAUUUCUUUUGAUGAUACACAACUUGCCUAAAGUUGAUUUGUCGUGAUGCAACUCCACCACUUUAAAAACUGAAAAAAAAGGGACAAAACAUGAGCGUGCCGACACUUUGACUCGGGUCUGAUCCAGAAGCUUAGAUAUUACAUCCACAAGCAAGGCUGUAAACUUGUAAAGUAUCAUUUCUGUGCUUUUUCCCACUUAUGUAAAGGGUUGGUUCUUGAUUCUCUCAGUUAUUUACACGUUUAUGGAACUAACCCAAGCUAUCCCUCGAUAGAGCAGAGUUACUGUGAGGCGUUGUAGAUGUCCAGCUCUGGUAGGAUUGUGCUACUGUAUCCAUAGUGUGCCAGCUAUACGCUCUACACCUUAGAGGCUUUAGUAGUGUUGUGCCAAGUUUGUACUGAGUUCAGUGGGAUACGAGACAUACAAGGUGUGUGUGAAAGUGUGCGAGCUUCAGAUGCGAAAGUUGUUGUAUGUCGUACAUUUCAAAGUUUACUGUAUCUUGCCUUGCACUUUACGAAGAAGCAAACUUAAUGGGGAAAAAAAGACAUUUGUGUGCAUGUGUGCGUGUGUGUGUUUAAGAUUUUUCUGAGUGUUUACGAGUGUUUUUUUAAUUGAUUUGAUGACAAAAAUCUUUUAUUUAUGAUAAAUGUAUACGGACAAAAAUGUGUUGAUAAAAUGUAAUAUAUCUAACCAAACGUAAAAGAAUGAUAAAUAUAUAUAUAAAGAUGUAUACACAAAUGUUUAUUACAUCAGUGGUUGUACAAUUACUCUCACAGCAGCUUGAGAUCUCCCAUUUAACGCCAAUCUUAUUACAUGUGCUCAUAUGUCAUUCCACUGCCGCAAAGCAAUGUCAUGGAAAUGUCUUUCCAAUGUCAUGCCAAUUGGUAUUGAGAUAGUAUUCUAAAAAAGUUAGUUGAUAUUGAAGUAAGCCAAAGUUAUUGGAAUUCUCCAGUGUUAUUACAGACUGCUAAUGAAUCGUUUACACACAAAAAAAGAUGUCAUAUUCAGCCUAUGUUUAGCCAAUAUUUGGGUGAACUUUUUGUGUAUAAUUCUGAAAUUGUAACAUCAUUUGAGAGACUAUCUUGUGCUUUAAGUAGCAUUUGUUGUGCUGAAAAAUGAACACAAAGAUGUCCAGUUUGGGUAACACACAUGUGGUGGAAUCCAUUUUGAGGUUGUAAAGAAAAGUUGCCUAUGUUUAAUGGUCUUUUAACCAAGGAUUAUAUAUAUUUUGUUCUUUUAAAAGCAUCAUAAUUUAUCUUUUUUUGUGUGUGUGUGUGUGAGUGUCAUAUUUUUCAAAACGGUAAAAACGUAUUUUUUUUUGACUGAAACUCUUCCAAGGAGCAACAUGGAGCUGAUAAGAGAAAGCUGAGAAACUGAAACGAACCCACCGAUUACAAACACCCCACCAUGUUUGUGCAACAGUAUUCCAUAGACAACAUUUGUGAACGCACCCCCCUGAUCUGAACAGCCUAUAUAUUAAGACUGUGUGCGCAAUGCUGGAAGCCAGACUAGAUGUUGCACGACCUUGUACGUUGCGAGGUGUUUUAUUGUGUUAUCGUGUGCAGUGUGUAACAAAGACAAAGUCAGCGCAACCCUUUGGAGAUUAAAUGAAUUAUUGAAG